ACGCCCCAGGGCGCGGAGUUCAACGCCUUCACUGGCUCUGUCGCGUGCCCCAGGGGGCCGCCGUUAAAGAACGUUCUCGAGCAAGUCGGCAGUGCUGCUGAGGACUACGCGUCUUCUCGAAAAGCAUUUGCUGGCCACACCUUGCAGGCCAAACUAGACGACGGCGCUCGCCACCUGGAGGGGGCUGGAAAGAUAAAGGCGCACCAGCCCCUCCAAGACCCAGGUAUCUCGCCCGACGAGCUGCACGCAAGGACGGGGCACCAUCUGCCGACCAAG